AUGACGGACUUUGAGAAGGUUGCGAAAAAUGUCCUGCCGGAGAAGUCUUGGGUUAAUGCAUCAAGCUCAGCUGCUACGGGCCUGUCAAUGAAAACCAAUCUCGAUGAUUGGUCUCUGAUCAACUUUCGCCCUCGGAUCUUGAGGAGUGUUGAUUCAAUGGAUACUCGGAGGAACAUCUUGGGCACACCUCUCAGUUCCCCUAUUUCGUUUCGGCUAUGGUGCAGAUCGUUACCUCCAAAAAAGCUCGGCGCUGGUUUGGCCGAAAAUGCAAGAGACAGUCACGGAGAGAACGACUUCACGCCAGAAUUCGGAAGUUGGCAGGUUCCCGGUUCGGUAGAUGGUGGUCUUACUUGGGUGGACUUGGACUGGAUUUCGUCAGAAUGGGAUGGGCCACUGGUGCUCAGGGGGAUUCAAAGUGUAGAGGACGUGAAGCUGGCUGUCCAACAUGGUGUGCAAGGAAUUCUGUUGAGCAACCGUGGAGGCAGGCAGAUUCUUUUCGCCCCAAGCUCAUUGAUGCCGUUCUUAGACAAUCGCACAUACUACUCAGAGGCCUUCGACAAGCUCCAGGUGUUUGUUGACGGAGGUCUUCGCGAUGGAGCAGACAUCCUCAAGGCGUUGUGUCUCGGAACGACCGCUGUUGGAGUGGGCAGGCCUUAA